AUGAACUACCAUCUUAACGGUUCAAUACCCAGAGAGAUUUUCAAAUUACCCAGCCAUUCUUGGUAUUUGGACUUGUCAUACAAUUCCCUUUCUGGCCCCCUUCCUAAUGAGGUUGGUAGUUUGGUAAAUCUUAAUCGACUGACUCUAUCAGGAAACCGGUUGUCUGGUAAGAUACCCGACAAUAUACAGAAUUGCUUAGUGCUGGAAUGGCUAUCACUAGACAAUAAUUUGUUCGAGGGAAGCAUACCUCAGUCACUAAAGAAUAUAAAGGGGCUCGGUAUAUUGAACCUGGCCAUGAAUAAGUUCUCUGGUAAUAUUCCUGAGGCCCUUGGAAGCAUUGGAUACAUGAAGGAACUGUACCUAUCACACAACAACUUGUCAGGGUUUAUCCCGUUAGUUCUACAAAAUUUGACAUCAUUGACCAGAUUGGAUAUAUCCUUCAACAAUUUGCAAGUUGAGGUGCCAAAUGAAGGUGUUUUCAGAAACAUCACUUACUUAGCGGUUGUAGGGAAUAUCAAUCUAUGUGGUGGAACACCUCAACUUCAUUUGGCUCCAUGCUCCGUAAGCAAGAACACAGAAAAGAUUCCAAAGUCUCUUGUAAUUUCUCUAGUGACAGCUGGAGCAUUCUUGUUCUCACUUUCAGUUAUUCUUCUUAUUUGGACACUUAGCAAGAAGCUCAGACCUAGCAAGAAUAUAUUUGCACAAAAUUCAAUCCUUGAUGACCAUUACAAGAGAAUCCCCUAUAAUGCAUUAUUGAGAGGAACAAAUGAAUUUUCAGAAGUCAACUUGCUUGGGAGAGGAGGUUAUGGUGCGGUUUAUAAGUGUGUUUUGGAUACUGAAGAAAGAACAUUGGCUGUCAAGGUGUUUAAUCUUGGUCAAUCCAGGUAUUCCAAAAGUUUUGAAGCUGAAUGUCAGUCCAUGAGAAGGAUACGACACCGUUCUCUCAUUAAGAUCAUCACUUCUUGUUCAACCGUCAACCACCAAGGUGAAGAGUUCAAGGCAUUGGUUUUUGAGUUCAUGCCCAAUGGUAACCUGGAUGGUUGGCUUCAUCCCAAAUCUCAAGAGUCCACAACAAACAACACGCUCAGCCUUGCCCAGAGGCUUGCUAUCGUUGUUGAUAUUGUAGACGCUGUAGAAUAUCUGCACAACUAUUGCCAGCCAUUAGUUAUCCAUUGUGAUAUUAAGCCAAGCAACAUUCUUCUUGCCGAAGACAUGAGUGCCCGAGUUGGAGACUUUGGCAUAUCAAGGAUCCUUCAAGAAAAUACAAUUGAAGGGAUGCAAACUUCAUAUAGCUCAACUGGAAUUAGAGGUUCCAUAGGCUAUGUUGCUCCAGAGUAUGGAGAAGGUUCUGCAGCCUCAACAGCUGGUGAUAUUUAUAGUCUUGGCAUAUUGCUGCUUGAGAUGUUUACUGGAAGGAGCCCAAUAGAAGGCACGUUCAGGGAUUCAUUGGAUCUGCACAGGUUUGUCGAGGAUGCUCUUCAAGACAGAACCUUUGAGAUAGCUGACCCGACAAUGUGGCUGCAUGGCGGACAACAUGAUAACACUACAAGUAUCAGAAUCCAGGAGUGCUUGGUCUCGGUCUUCAGGCUUGGUAUAUCCUGCUCAAAGCAACAACCUCGAGACCGAGCAUUGACAAGAGAUGCAGCGGCUGAGAUGCACACAAUCAGAGAUACGUACCUGAAAUUCACAGGCGAGCACGGAGCAGAAAGAGAGGCCUCGACUCGAGAAAUCCAGAACAUUGUUGAAUAA